UUAUUAUUUAGGAAAAAAAAGCAAAAAAAGAGGGAAAUGAUCGAAAGGAGAUGAAUAAUUCAGUUGAGCAGGUAACUCAAAAACCCUAGCCACCAUUCACCGCCCCGCAUAUAUUUGAACUGGAAAACCCCUCUUUAAACCCUUCUCUCUCUGUCAAUUUAUCACAUUAAAAAACGAACCUUCUUUUCCAGACUCAGUAACAAAAAUCCGCCAUUCUAGAGAGAGAAAAUGCCGCUGGGAGAGAGACACAGCGGAGACAAGAGCGAGUCUCGGUACUGCGGCGUGGAGACGGAUUUCGACGAUGACAUGCCGAACCUCCUCUCCCUCAACAUCCAUGGCGGCUUCGAUUUCGUCGUUGCUACUCUGAUGGAUCCUAAUUAUAGGCCCAGUCUAGUCGAUGAAUGCACUAGCAGAUCAACUGCUCUGCCAUUUGCUGGUUCAGACUUAGUCCUAACCCCUUCCCAAUGGAGCAGUCACGUCGUUGGCAAAGUUAGUUCGUGGAUUGACUUGGAUUCUGAAGACGAGACACUCCGAAAGGACUCUGAAAUUGCUUUGAAACAAGAAAUAGCCUGGGCUUCUCAUCUAUCUUUGCAGGCUUGCCUUCUGCCUACUCCCAAUAGAACUUCUUGUGCUAAUUAUGCAAAAUGUUUGAACCAGAUAUUACAGAACUUAGCCAGCAUGCAGUUGUGGCUUAGGAUUCCAUUGGAGAAGUCUGAGGAUGACACAGACUCCAAGAACCCAGAUUUCAUGGUUGAUAGGCAGAUUGAUUCAUGGGAAAUGUGGAAUUCGUUUCGGCUUCUUUGCGAACAUCAUAACCAGCUUUCAGUUGCACUUGAUAUCCAGUCCUCAUUACCUUCAGCUUCUUCAGUUGCACGUUGGUUUGGAGAGCCUGUCAGGGCAGGGAUAAUCAAUACUAAUUCUUUUCUAACCAAUGCACGGGGCUAUCCUUGUUUGUCGAAGAGGCACCAGAGAUUAACUACUGCAUUUUUCAACCACUCUAUUCAGAUAGUGAUAUCUGGCCAACCAGUACACAGUGCAGUGGGUGCUUCGGGAUCACGUGCUGAUAAUAACGUUAAAGAUGGGUUGAAACACCCCCUAAAAUCUUACUUAGAUUAUGUUGCUUAUCUGUACCAAAGCAUGGAUCCCCUUCCCGAACAAGAGCGCUUUGAGCUUGGCUAUAGAGACUAUCUGCAAUCACCCUUGCAGCCUCUCAUGGACAACUUGGAGGCCCAAACAUAUGAAACAUUUGAAAAGGACACUGUAAAAUAUAGCCAGUACCAAAGAGCAGUUGCUAAGGCUUUGGUUGACAGGGUCCCAGAUGAAAAUGCUUCUACAGUGACGACUGUAUUGAUGGUUGUGGGUGCUGGACGAGGGCCUCUUGUCAGAGCAUCAUUGCAGGCUGCUGAAGAAACUGAACGCAAAUUAAAAAUUUAUGCUGUAGAGAAAAAUCCAAAUGCAGUUGUUACACUUCAUAGUUUGGUCAAGCUAGAGGGCUGGGAAAAAACAGUCACGAUUGUUUCCAGUGAUAUGCGGAAUUGGGAUGCACCGGAGAAAGCUGACAUAUUGGUUAGCGAGUUGCUGGGUUCUUUUGGUGACAACGAGCUCUCACCUGAGUGUCUUGAUGGAGCCCAAAGAUUUUUGAAGGAAGAUGGAAUCUCAAUCCCAUCAUCGUAUACGAGUUUCAUUCAACCAGUGACUGCCUGCAAACUUUACAAUGAUAUCAAGUCACAUAAAGAUCUCGUUCACUUCGAAACCCCUUAUGUGGUGAAGCUGCAUCGCGUGGCUAGACUUGCACCUACUCAGCCAGUCUUCACAUUUACCCAUCCAGAAUUCUCAACAAAGGCAAGCAAUCAGCGCUAUAAAAAGCUUCGUUUUGAUAUACAGAGUGACACUGGCUCAUCCUUGAUUCAUGGAUUUGGAGGUUAUUUUGAUGCAAUACUUUACAAAGAUGUACAUCUUGGAAUUGAACCAUCAACAGCUACCCCAAACAUGUUUAGCUGGUUCCCAAUAUUUUUUCCAUUGAGGACACCGAUAUGUAUUCAGCCCGGUACUCCUUUAGAAGUUCAUUUUUGGCGUUGUUCUGGUUCUACCAAGGUUUGGUAUGAGUGGUGUGUUGCUUCUCCAACCGCUUCACCGAUGCACAACACCAACGGGCGUUCAUACUGGGUCGGACUUUAAGGUUUUUUUUCUUCUUUUUUUUUU